UCGGGCUCGGCUUUGGGCCUGGUUGUGUUCCCAUGGCAACCCCUGAUCCCUUGGUGACCCCUGACCCCUCAGUGACCCCUGUGUCUGACCCCUCUGCCUUGCAACGCUCCCCUCUGGCUGCUAAAGCCCUGAGCGACACAUUUGUGGGGCUGAGGUACCGGGAUACAUCCUUUCUUAUCUGGAGUCAACAGCAGCUCCAGGCCACACCCCCGCAGUCUUACUUGAGCCGAUCACAGCACACCUGGUACAGUAACCACGGCAACCAGCCUGUCCUGGUCCCCGAGAGGGUCCAGAGGCCGCAGACCGAGUCCAGGAUCUGCUCCGUGCAGUGACUUCAGGAAGUGCAGCCUCAAAGAAUGAGACACUAUAUCUACUAUUGAAUAAGGAAUAAAUAAGGACCAACUUCUAAAACCA